AUGUGGAUUCGUGCUACCCAAAAGCGCAUUUCGUUCGAGAUUUGGACUAGUCCCAAGCCUAUAAAUUCAGAGCGACUAGUUUUUGCUGAGAUACAGAUACUUUAUUUUGCCACUGGUAAAACCAAGUUAUUAAGAAAUUUGUCUUUGGAGGAAGAUAAAAGUCAUGUUCAUGUUGUUGUGAUCAUCGGAGCCUCUGGUGACUUGGCAAAGAAAAAAACUUAUCCGACUUUAUGGUGGUUGUUCCGUGAUGGUCUUCUUCCCCCUCGAACUUACUUUGUUGGGUUUGCACGGUCUGAUAUUGGUACCCAGGACAUAAGAGCAGAAAGUGAAAAAUUUGCCAAGCUCUCAUCAUCUCCAUGUCAAAAAUAUGAAGAAUUUUGGGACUGUAAUUUUUACUUGAGAGGAGAUUAUACAAAUCCAAAAACAUUUGAAUUACUAAAUAAGUUUAUAGAGUCCAAGUGGGAACAAUCUGUUAAUCGCAUAUUUUAUUAUGCUAUACCACCAUCAGUUUAUAAACCUGUUUCAUCAUCUAUCAAAGAAUAUUGUACUAACAAAAACCCUGAUACGUGGACUCGAUUGAUCAUUGAAAAACCGUUUGGACGAGAUUUAGAGUCAUUUAAUGAAUUGAAUUCUGAAUUAACUAAACUGUUUACAGAAGAACAGAUUUAUCGAAUCGACCAUUAUUUGGGCAAAGAGAUGGUUCAAAAUCUACUAAUUUUACGGUAAGAUUCUUUCUACAGUACUUUAUAUAAUUAUUAACUCUCUU